UAAACGUCUGUUAUGACAGUAUAUUUAUUGAAGUUUUAUUCAAGUGAACAUUUGUAUUAACUCCGUCUUGCACAAUAGCCUUCUUUUAUUUCUUUCUGUUAAAUUUAAACGGUGUUGCAUUCAAUCUCAAAUCCAGUGAUAUAUUCCCACAUGGAUCACAUGAAAAAUUUACAAUGUACAAUUCAAUAAAUUGUAAAUGCCAUUGUCCUGAAGUAAAUGUUCAACAUUUGAAGUUAUGAAAUCAUUUUACAAUAAAUUAUGGCGCAACAUGGAGCUGCUCUGCAGUCUUACAACCAAGAACUUGUGAAAAAUUUGGAAGAUCUUAUUAAGAAGCGCAAUGACCUGCAAUGCAUAAUUGAAAAACAAGAAGAGGAAAAAUGCAGGGUGCAGAAAGAAAUUGAAAGAUUAUCCUAUAAACUUGUUCAACUAAAUGAAAGUCUAGCUCAAAGAAUUGCAGCACGUGAGGACUAUGAUAGACUAAUUGCUGAAACUGAAGCAGGAUAUGUUAAGAUUCUAGAAAGUUCACAAGUUCUUCUGAGUUUAGUAAAGAGAGAAGCUUCUUGUCUGGAUCAGAAUCUUUCGAAACCAUCUUGUGGAGGAAAUACACCUUGUCCACCACCAAGUUGUCCUCCUCCACCACCCUGUCCUGCUAAAGCAGCUUGUUCAAGUCACAAUUACAAAUAUGCUUGUUAAUCAGAUUUCAUAUUUUAA